AUGAAAAGGACGGCAGUUCGCGACCCACCACAAUCGGUCCGACGAAGUAACCGCCGACAAGCAUGCGCCUCCGCCUCGCGACGGACAGGGGAGCCCGAAAUGAUAGACCUUGCAGCCAAUAGCUCUCCCUCGACGUCUCCUCCCUCAUCACCGUUGCUGCCUAGACCACCGAUUGUCACGCCAUUGCUCGCCGACUCUUCUCCUCUGCGCGCUAGACGAAUGCCGCACCGGCCUCCCUCGCCUCCUCCGCCUUCAACCGACUGCCCUCCUUCGCCUCCACCAACUUCCAAUAUCACGCCACCAUCUUCACCACCUGCGGCAGUCGCCACCAUCGCUCCGCCACCAUCAUCGCCGCCGGUAGAUACGAGCCCUAAUUUGGGUGGUGAGGUUAGUCCUAUUUCAAGCCAUAAUCUGCCUGUGGAGGGUUUAACAACAUCUGAUUCAUCUGAGGAUGAAAACUUUGUUCCACCUAAAUCUCCCUCCACUGUAUUGAGUCCUUCAAAGUUAUAUUUCUUGACUUGGUAUGAUCAACCUUGUGCACACAUGCCCGAAGCCACUGUUUUGACUGACUCUACACCUCACAUUGUUGAGGAUGAAAUUGUUGGGCUUGAUCACAUUGAAAUGCAUGAUAGGGAAGAGGUUUAUGACACCCCACAUAGUGAGGCUGAUUCAGAAGCCAACAUAAGGAAUUUGACCCCAAUUCCUACUAAAAAGAUAAAGGGAUUGGGAAGGAUUUUUGCUGCCAGGGAGUUUUACGCCGAAGCUUGUGUAUUGAGCACUACAAAGAUUAAGGUCCGGGGUGUUCGGGUGAGUAUCCCGGCCAAGGCUAUUAAUAAGCUUUUAGGCCUUUCACCCCCAGCCGAGACUGAUUUUGAGACGCUUUCUCAAUCGUCCUCAUUUGCCAAACUUGAGGAAAUUGGUAGAGAGCUUGGGAAGGCCGGAAUCAGGUGGGAUGCCCAUAGUAACUACAUGUUACGGACUUAUAGGGCUUCAAAUUUAAAGCCCAAUGCUAAUGUGUGGAUAAACUUCAUUAGAUAUUCUCUCAACCCAACUACCCAUGACAGUUCUAUUUCGGUUGAGAAAAUCAUAUUAUUAUACUGUGUGGUUACGGGUAGGACCAUUAAUGUGGGGAAAGUUGUUGAAAAGGCCAUUCUUUAUUGUUCCAAAAGGAGACAAGGGAAGCUGUUUUUCCCAAGCCUGAUUCACAAGUUGCUUAUGCAAGCUGGUGUUCCCGAGUAUACUGAUGACUUAGUUAUUAAAGAGUGUGAGGAGAAGUGGACAAUAGACAUGAAGGCUGUUUCGAAGCUUAGAGAGAGGAGUGAGAGAGGAAGGGAAUUACCCGGUGUGACUAGGGCUAUGGAGGAGCUUUUAGAGCAAAGUUGUAGUAUGAUGGACUUUCUGAUAGAACAGCGGGCCGAGAUGGUAGAAAAGUUAAAGACCAUGCAAGCUGAUUUGACAACCAGGUUAAAGGCAAGUGAAAGGAAGAUGAAGAAGAGGUUUGAGAAGCUGAAAGAAGACUUAGAGAAUGGGGUAGCUGAAAAGAUCAAAAGGAUGCAGAAAAAGCUGAAUCGGUACAAGAAGGAGACCGAGAGACUGAGGACAGAGAUUGCAUACGUGGCUGCCCGGAGUACACAGCCUACUCUUCCGGAGUAG